UCCUCCCAUUAUUCUAUGGGCAGUCGAGCUUUUUCCCAUGACAGUAUUUUCAUACCUGAUGGGAGAGCAGAGAGUGAACAGGCCAUUCAAGCAAUGUCACAGGAGAACGUUUUAGGAAAAGUCAAAAUUCUUCAGCAACAGUUGGCCAAAAAUAUCAAAUUUGGACAGCCUCCACAAAUGACAGUUUCUGUGAGGACAAUGGGGGAAGCAAACACCAGUACAGAAGAUGAUGCAUUGCUCAGCAGCCCCAUGGAGAUUGAGACCCAGCAGGACACAGUGAUCUCAGACUGCAGUAAUAAAUCCACUGACACUCCAGAUUUCUUGAGAAAAAUGAAUUUUCUUGGACUGGGACAUGAAAUGGAAGAAAAGGUCGCUCCAGUUAAAUCAGCUCGGCCAAAAAGACAGUUUUCCUGUUCUGGCACAAUUGAAACAAUCAAUUUGGAUUCAGUUCCCCAGGUUCUCGCCCGUCUAGACAACAGUGCAGCUAAGCACAAACUGUCAGUGAAGCCAAAAAAACAGAGGAUGUCAAGACAGCACAAGAGAUUGACAAAGGGAUCACAAAGUUUAACAAUAACAGAAUUUGAGCCAGAGGACCUAGAAACUCAGCUGUUUGAGGACAUUUACCCAGAUUAUAAUGGACGCUUCACAGCAGACAAGCUAAUCCAGGACAGAGAUGAGCAGAAGCAGCUUCAGCUGGCAGAGGGAAAAAGAACUGAAGAUCACUGGGGUAUCCUUGAAGCUGAAAGGAUAAGACAGAUUGUAGAAAUGGAAGAAAAAAGGUGCCAAGAACUUGAGGAGAUGCAGAAAGAACAGGUAAAAAGAUGCUGUGAAGAAGAGAGGAGGCAAUACCUCCUUGAAGGAGAGACAUCUUUGAAAAUAGAAGAGCAAACAUGCCAUAAAGAGGAAAGACUGAUGAAGGUUGAAAAAAGGCAAGAGCUGGAGGAACAGAUGCAGCAGAAGGAGUUGGAGGAACAACAAAGACAAGACCUGGAGGAGAAGAGGCAUUGGGAAGCGGAGGAACAACAGAGACAAGAGCUGGAGGUGCAGAAGCUCAAGGAACAGGAGGAACAACAGAGACGAGAGCCAGAGGUGCAGGAGCUCAAGGAACAGGAGGAACAACAGAGACGAGAGCCAGAGGUGCAGGAGCUCAAGGAACAGGAGGAACAACAGAGACAAGAGGUGGAGGUACAGAAGCUCAAGGAACAGGAGGAACAACAGAGACGAGAACUGGAGGUGCAGCAACAUCAGCAAUGGGAGGAACAGCAGAAGCUAAAGCAGGAGGAAGAGAAGCACCAGGAACAGGGAGAGCAACAGAGACAAGAGCUGGAGGAGCAGAAGCACCAGGAACUGGAAGAGCAGAGAGGUCAGGAAUUGGAGGAGGAAAAGCAUCAGGAAUGGGAAGAGCAGAAGCACAAGGAUCUGGAGGAGAAACAAAGACAAGAGCUGGAGGAGCAGAAGAGGCUAGCACUGGAAGAAUUAAGGCAACAUAGGACUGAAAAAGACAGUCAAAAGGAAGAAGAAAGAAACUGUCUGGAGGAACAAAAAGAGCUCAAGAAACAAACUAAGAAAGAAAUACAGCAACAAGAACUAGAAGAGAAAGAGCUUCAAGAAGUUGAAAUAAAACUGAAGCAGGAGAAAGAACCUGAGAGCCUCAAACAAGAGAAGAAACAGGAGGAACAACGACAGGAUUUGAAGGAGAAUGAAAAGACAGAGAAGGAACAACCCCAGCAAGUGAUGGAUAAGAAAAAGAAACGGGAAGAACAGAGGAAACACAAACUCACAAAACAAAUGCACAUGGAAAGUUCAGACUGUGUUCUACAAGAUGAACUGAAGCAGCAAAAGGAACAAAAUGGACAUGAAUGGAACAAGCUGAAAGAGCAGAAGGUAGACACAGAAGGACAAAAUCUUCAGCCAAAACAAGAAAAAUCCUUGGAACAGACAGAGGAAAAAGAUCAGUUGUGUUCUGCUGGAGGGGCUGAUAGGCAUCCAGCAGAGGAAAAGCUCCAAGAAGGAUCAAGUUCACAAAAAGUCAAACAGCCAGAAAAAGGGACUAAAACAGCAGAAGAAAUGCUAGCCCAGAAACUGAAGAGAGAAGUUGAGGCUCAGGAGCAAAAACGCAUAGGGGAAGAACUUCGGUGGCAAGAGGUAGAUGAAAGACAAACGGCAUCCAGACCCUUCACAUUUCAAGUGUCUUCUGGAGAUAAACAGAUCAUAUUUCAGAAAGUAAAUCUGAGUCCUGUUAUGCCCAUCAAAGGAGCAGGACUCUCUUCUCCAUCUGUCAAAGACUGCAGGGUGCACACUACCAGUAAGGGCUCUCAUUCUCUCCCAUCAUCUGUGUGUGUACCCCACACAGCUAUUUUGGUUACUGGAGCACAGCUGUGUGGCACAGCAGUGAACUUGAACCAGAUUAAGGACACGGCUUGCAAAUCGUUACUCGGCUUAACAGAAGAGAGGAAAAAUGUGGAUAUUCCCUCUCCAGAGAAGUCUGAGAGAAAAAAACAGGAUCCCAAACCCAGCAUCAGCAAAAUGAAACAUGCACAAGAAGCACUGAACAACCAGGCUGUACUGGCUGAGUGGGCCUCUAUCCGCUCCAGAAUCCUAAAGAAUGCAGAAAACAACAAAUAUAAUGAGGGAGACCGAGUAACUGUCUGCAGGCACAGCGAUGACUGGACACCCCGAGGACGCGGCGCUCCCCAUGGCAACUUGAGGAAAACCCUCUCUGCAAACGCAAAGUUCUCAAUAACACCAGCAUGGCAGAAAUUUUCAGAUGUUUCGAAAACCAGUUCAGAUGCUGAGAAUGUAAAUGUGGCAAAAGGCAAUGAAACAGUGGCUGUGGGGAGAACUACUGGCUUAUCUGCUGAUUCAAAGGAGGAUGUGGUUUCCACUUUUAAGGAUAACUUAGCUGAAAAAUCUAAGGAGAAAACCCACAGGGAAUUGACAGACAACACUGAAGGCUGUAAAUUUGCGAAAGAUCUUCCAUCAUUCCUUGUUCCAAGUUUUCCACAUUCUAUGGGGAAAGAAUUACCCCAGCCAGAACUUCCCAGUGCUCUGGAAAAUCAGCAGAAUAACAGCACAAAAAAAGCAGAUAAAACACCACCAAAUGGAGAAGAAAACGUUUCUCCUUUUGGGAUAAAGUUACGAAGGACAAACUACUCUUUACGUUUUCAUUAUGAUCAACAGGCAGAGCAAAAGAAAAAGAAAAGAUACAGUGCAGGAGACAGUUUUGAUGGUGUGCCUGACCCACUCACCUCAACAGAAGGUGAGAAAGAAUCCUCUGUUUUCACUCCACAAGAAAGUACCUCUCCUGGCACUGGGGGAGCAAACAUCCCUGGUAAUUUAAAAGACUCUUCAGUUACUCUGGUGGAGUUUUCACCACCUGUGGGCACAUCAGUGGUCCCACCAGCCACCGGCCAGAGUGCUCUACCUGCUCAUGAGAAGCCAGCAUGCAAGUCACUGGUCCCACAGAAACCUGCUUUAGCUCCAAAGCCCACCAGCCAGACCCCACCAUCAUCUCCUCUCUCUAAAAUGAACAGAUCAAACCUGUCUGAAAUGCUGGGGCAAAGGGUGGUUAAAGCUGAAUCAGACGGUGUCUGGAGAAAAGAAGAAAGAGUAAAUGCAGCCCAACCCAUACCAUCCAAUGACUGCAAAAAUGAAGAGGAAGAAAUCAAAGAAAAGAAGUCAUUUUUUCCAUCUCUAAGUAUUCCAUGGAGAGAAAAAAAUGACAAAAAGCCUGAGCCACUGAAGAAAGAAAAGCCUGUCCUUCAGAGCAGGCACUCUUUAGAUGGCUCAAAAUUGUUGGAAAAAGUGGAAACUUCACAACCACUUUGGAUUACAUUAGCACUGCAAAAGCAAAAGGGAUUUCGUGAGCAGCAAGCUACGAGGGAGGAGAGAAGACAAGCCAGAGAGGCAAAGCAAGCAGAGAAACUGGCUAAAGAAAAUGCUGCUGUAAGUAAUCAGUCAGAUAAUAAAAGUAGCAGCAGCAAAACAAGCACACUGCAGAAAUCUUCAACUCAAGAAGGAGAGAAAAAAAUCGAGACUGCUGUGUCAAGACUAGAAAGAAGGGAGCAUCUAAAAAAGUCGAACACCCUUCCAACUUCUGUGACAGUGGAAAUUUCAGAUUCUGUUCCAUCAACCCCAGUGACAAAGGAGGUGGCUAAGAGAUUCUCCACACCUGAUGCUAACCCAGUGUCAACAGAACCAGCCUGGCUUGCAUUAGCCAAGAGGAAAGCAAAAGCCUGGAGUGACUGUCCUCAGAUCAUAAAGUAA